GGUUCGAAUAAACAUUUUGGCUCUAAAAAGAAAUAAAAUUAAAAUGAAGCGGUAGUUUCCACUUUUCAGCACCGCCCCUUCCCCGUUUCCAAUUGCUUCCACGAUUCUGUUUGCCGAUGAAUUUCGAGCAGAGAUUAAUCGCUGCGGCGAAGUUUGUCUACGCCGGUGAUUCAGUUGCCGAUGAUCCGCCGGUCAACUCCGUUGACUUCGGAGUCGAAGCGGCUCUUAAACCUCACCAAGUUGAAGGAGUCUCAUGGCUCGUCCGAAGAUACCUUCUCGGCGUCAACGUCAUUCUCGGGGAUGAGAUGGGAUUGGGGAAGACUUUGCAAGCUAUAUCAUUGCUGAGCUACUUGAAAGUCUAUCUAAAGACUCCUGGACCAUUCUUGGUACUCUGUCCUCUUAGCGUGACGGAUGGUUGGAUGUCUGAAAUGGCCAAUUUUGCCCCAAAAUUGAGAGUGCUAUCCUAUACUGGAGACAAGGAGCAUCGGUGCAACUUACGUAGGAAGAUAUAUGAGAGUAUGAACAGGGAGGCGUCGGUUGCAAAAUCACUACCUUUUGAUGUGCUUUUAACUACUUACGACAUAGUAUUACUUGAUGAAGAUUUUCUAUCCCAAGUUCCAUGGUGUUAUGCAAUAAUUGACGAAGCACAAAGGCUCAAGAAUCCAUCUAGUGUCCUGUAUAAUGUGCUCAAAGAGCGUUUUGUUAUGCCAAGGAAAUUGCUGAUGACUGGCACACCCAUACAAAACAACCUUUCUGAGCUUUGGGCUCUUUUGCACUUUUGUAUGCCUUCAGUUUUUGGAACAGUGGAGCAGUUCCUCUCUGCAUUCAAGGAAGCUGGAGAUCCAUCAUGUCCUGAUGCAGACAAAGCUAAGGAACAAUUCAAAAUUUUGAAAUAUGUAAUAGGGGCGUUUAUGCUCCGACGAACUAAAUCUCAGCUUAUCGAGUUGGGGACUCUUGUGCUGCCUCCUCUAACUGAGAUCACUGUGAUGGCACCACUGGUGGCCCUGCAAAAGAAGGUAUAUAUGUCCAUACUAAGGAAGGAGCUAUCUCAGCUGCUAGCACUUGCUUCUGGUGCACCCAAUACCCGGUCGUUGCAGAAUAUUGUAAUUCAACUACGAAAAGCAUGUAGUCAUCCUUACCUUUUUGCUGGUAUAGAACCGGAACCAUAUGAAGAGGGAGAACACCUGGUUCAGGCUAGCGGCAAGCUGCUAAUAUUGGAUCAUCUUCUUCAAAAACUUCAUGCUUGUGGACACAGGGUUCUUCUUUUCUCUCAGAUGACUCAAACACUUGAUAUACUGCAGGAUUAUCUGGAAUUGAGGAAGUAUUCUUAUGAGCGUCUUGAUGGUUCAAUUCGUGCGGAAGAGCGCUUUGCUGCAAUCAGGAGCUUUAGUCAUAAUAGAUCAAAGUUUGAAGCUGAACAAAAUGCAGCAUUUGUUUUCUUGAUUUCAACAAGAGCUGGUGGAGUUGGGUUGAAUCUUGUGGCUGCUGAUACAGUCAUAUUUUACGAGCAAGAUUGGAAUCCUCAGGUAGACAAGCAGGCCUUGCAACGUGCUCACCGAAUUGGUCAAACAAACCACGUGUUAUCUAUAAAUUUAGUCACAGAGCAGUCAGUGGAGGAGGUUAUCAUGCGUAGAGCUCAACGGAAAUUACAGCUUAGUCACAACAUUGUAGGAGAUGAUGUCUUGGAUCAGGAAGGGAAAGAGAUGGCAGGAGCUGAAGCUGGUGACUUGCGAUCUGUUAUGCUUGGCUUGCAUAUGCUAGAUCCCGCAGAAGUAACCAAUGAAGAAUCAGAUAAAUUUGAUAGGAAUGAAUUGACUGCAAUGGCAGAAACAAUUAUGGCGUUUCGCAAUAAAGAACGUUCAGCUAGAGAUGACAAGUUUGAGGUUAAGCCAGCUAACUUCUUAAGUGAUUUAAUGUGGUUACGAAAAGGGGUCCAGAGUCUGUUAAGCUUGCCUGAAGAAAAACAUCUAAAAGCUGAAGCUGCAAAGAAGAAGGUAGAGGAGGAGAAAAUGUCAAAAUGGGAGACUCUUGGAUACCACUCCUUAUCGGUCAAAGAUCCUGUAUCAGCUCCUGAUACUGAUAUCUCCUCUGAUUCUGGAGCCGUUCACUUUGUUUACGGGGACUGUACCCGUCCUUCUAAAGUGUCUUCAUCAGAGCCGACCAUCAUAUUCAGCUGUGUUGAUACAUCAGGAAACUGGGGUCAUGGGGGUAUGUUUGAUGCAUUGGCAAGACUGUCAACUAGUGUACCUGCAGCGUAUGAACGAGCUUCUGAAUUUGGUGAUCUUCAUCUAGGCGAUCUCCAUCUUAUAGAGAUCACAGAGGAUCUAGCUAAGGGCAGUGGUUCACCUCAUGCUUCUCAAUGGGUAGCUUUGGCUGUUGUGCAGUCUUACAACCCUAGGCGCAAAGUCCCACGCGGCAGUAUCUCCAUCCCCGACUUGGAGAGAUGUCUGUCAAAGGCAUCGUAUUCAGCUGCUCAGAAGUCCGCAUCGAUCCACAUGCCAAGAAUCGGUUAUCAGGAUGGUUCUGACAGGUCAGAAUGGUAUACAAUUGAACGUCUGCUGCGGAAGUAUGCUGCUCUCCAUGGCAUAAAUAUUUUUGUGUAUUAUUUCCGACGUGCAUCUCAGAGCUAAGAGAUGGAUACCAUCGGUGUUCCAUCAGCAAUUGGACAACAUCAGGGAACAGUCUCAUUAGUGCAGAUUGACCUCAUGCAGCAUGAAGUUGGCCUUUGAUCAGGACGUGAGGUAAGCAAUGACAAUUUGAUGUAGAAACCUCCUUAAACAAUCUAAUCAAUGGUUUGGUAUCUAGAAGUUGUUUGUACAACUCAGCCAUACUAGGUUACCUUGUCAAUAUUUGUAACUUAUCGCUUAACUAUGCUAAAAUUAAUUUGGUUUGGUGCAAAACACUGGUGUGAAUUA